UUGUGGACGUCUCGCAGGAGCCAGGAUUAGCAACACGCCGGAGGCCGCGGCGGUGCAGUUUACGGCGCGCUCUGCUGAGGCUGGGAGUGCCUCUGAGAGGCGAGAGGAGCCGCUGCGCCUUCGCCAACCUGCUGCUGCUGCUGACUGAAGAAGCGCGGCAAUUCUUGGCGUCCCCCAUGGAUUUAUCCCUCCGGCUCCUCGUUCUGUCCUGGCUGUACCUGGAAGCUUCGGGGGACUUUGACGGCAGGUGGCCCAGGCAAAUAUUUUCCACGACUGGACUGUGUCGCUUUGGAAGCCGCGUCGACUGCUGCUGGGGCUGGGUCCGGCAUUCGUGGGGCCAAUGCCAACCUUUCUACGUCUUAAGGCACAGAAUAGCCAGGAUAAAGUGCCAACCUAAAGCUCUAUGUCAGCCUGGAUGUAAACAUGGGGAAUGUAUCGGACCAAACAAAUGUAAGUGUCAACCAGGAUACACUGGAAAAACAUGCAACCAAGAUCUCAAUGAAUGUGGACUGAAACCAAGACCAUGCAAACACCGGUGCAUGAAUACAUAUGGCAGCUACAAGUGUUAUUGUCUGAAUGGGUACAUGCUUAUGCCAGAUGGAUCAUGUUCUAAUGCCCUCACAUGUUCAAUGGCAAACUGCCAAUAUGGCUGUGAUGUCGUGAAAGGGGAGGUACACUGCCGCUGCCCCUCACCCGGUUUACAGUUGGCACCCGACGGUAGAACAUGUAUUGAUGUUGAUGAAUGUGCCACUGGGAGAGUGACCUGUCCUCGAUUUAGGAAGUGCGUCAACACGUUUGGGAGCUACAUCUGCAAGUGUCACAAAGGCUUCGAUUUGAUGUACAUUGGAGGCAAAUACCAGUGCCAUGAUAUUGACGAAUGCUCGCUUGGCCAGUAUCAAUGUGGAGGAUUUUCCCGAUGCUACAACACUCAAGGAUCCUAUAAAUGUAAAUCUUUCGAUGCCCUUGAAAAUGAAGCUGGUUUUGACUCGACUGAGGGACGUGGCAGAAGUGAACAGGACUCUUUUAAUGUGGUUCUCUCUGAGAUGGUAUCUCAGAGGGAGUUGUGGGCUAUUCCCAAAGUUAUGAUUGAUCCAUCAGGCCCGUUUACUGUAUUGAAGGGGAACACUACCUUUCCUAAAGGCAGCAGUGGGAUGACCAACACGAUACCUGAAACUGGAGGUGGAAAGCAGCCUGUCAAAAUACCACCUGUCCCAGUUACAGUAAGGCCUCCACCCAGGACAACAAUGAAGCCUGCCCCAGGGCCAACCAUGAGGUCAACGCAAAAGCCUUUUACCAGAUUCGUCACAAAGCCUGCAACAACAAAACCAGCCUGGAAGCCAGUGACAAGACUUCCACCCGUAACAAGACCUCUGCCAGUUACAAGACCUCCAACGCCACCCCCGACACCACCCAGGCUCAUCACAACACAAGCACUUACAACUAAAGAGCCUCAACACGUUCCUAGUACAGCAACACCUCCUCAGGGAUUUACAGUUGACAACAGGAUACCCAUUGAUCCGCAGAAACCACGGGGCGAUGUAUUUAUCCCACGUCAGCCUGGAGUGAGUAAUAAUCUUUUUGAAAUGUUUGAAAUUGAAAGAGGGGCGAGUGCUGAUGAGGAUGAGGCCAACGAUGAUCCAGGUGUCUUUGUUCACAGCUGUAAUUUUGAUAAUGGCCUUUGUGGAUGGAUGAAGGAGAAACGUGAUGAUUUGCAUUGGGAACCUGUUAAAGAUGUCUCAGGUGGACAGUAUUUAUCCGUCUCAGAGCCCAAAGGCAAGGCAGGACGCGUGGCACGCUUGAUCCUUCCUCUGGGCCAUUUAGCUCAUUCAGGGAAUCUGUGCCUGUCCUUCAGGCAUAAAGUGUCUGGACUGCAUUCUGGAUUGCUUCAAGUCUUUGUGAGAAAGCUCGGCGCUCAUGGAACAGCAGUUUGGGGGAGGAACAGUGGUCAUGGCUGGAGACAAACACAGAUUACUUUCCAAGGAUCUGGCAUCAAAAGUGUCAUUUUUAAAGGUGAGAAAGGAAAAGGAAGAACGGGUGAGAUCGGCUUGGACGAUGUUAGCUUGAGGAGAGGCCAUUGUUCCCCAGAACACUAGUGGUACAGGCCGACUGGCAAAGGACACACUUGUAUUUUCCCAUGCCCCCUAAGUGGGAGAGCCAGUGGGCGGAUGACUACUUCUCUCAUUUGUGUGCUUUGUGAGAUCCACUGAACCUCCAUCUGAGUAAUGCAGAUUCUCUUUGAAAUGGCAAAAUAAUAUUGGGUAUUUCCAUCAACAGUUUUUUCUGUUCACAUUGUCCAUGUGUAAAGGAUAUCCGUGUCCUUCAUGAAGAAGAAGGUGUCAACAAAAGGAGCCUGGCACAACAGGCAGUUGCAUCAGUGUGUUUUCCAUUUUCUUGACUAUACAAUGGGACUGGUUCACCUCCAUCAACUGAAACUAACUCAGGCUUAGACGUAAGCUUCGGGUGUUCUGCUGCCAUUCAUUUUUAAAGAAGGGAGUGUUUAUAUAUAUAUAUAGCAUUUAUUCCUUAUUGUCAAGAGGCAGUUACUCUAGAGUAGGCACUGCAUCCCUUAAUAUUGGUAGUGCUGUGUUCUGUAUGAAUGUGUAUGAUUAUUAAUGUAUUUAUAUGUGUUGUGUAUUUACGAAAUCUAGAUGCAAAAUAAAUGGCAGCUGUGCAUGCCCAA